AUGGCUGUGGAGGUGGCGGCCACCUCCUUGGCGGUCGGUUUGGCCACCGCCCUCAACUCCGCCGUCCGCGGGGCCACGGGGAAAAGCAUCGCGCAAAAUUGCUCGUCCCUCCUGAACAAGGUGCGGUCCAAGGUGCUGGGGACGGUCGUCGACGUCAAGGCCAAGCAGCUCGCCGACGACGCCUGGAAGAAGGCCGAGGACAGGAUCACCGGCUUGGAGCGCAAUGAGCGCUUGGCUUUCUCCCAGCGGCUCGCCGCGCUCGGCAAGACGCUGUGGAACCUGGAGGCCAACCCCAUCGUGGAGGACGAGGGGGUGAAGGGCGCGCUGGACGGCCUGCGUGGCUCUCUCGAGCGCGCCGUCGAGGGCACCGACGACGCCGCCGCGCGCGGUCGCGCUUCUACAGAUAUCCAGGGGUACGCUCAGAAUCUGAGCAUAGCAAUGACUGCGGCGUCCGCGAAACGCUCCGACGCCUCGGCCGCGGCGUCCGCGAACCGCUCCGCCUCGUUCCACGCCGAGACUACGGACGGCAUCAACGAGCUCAAUGCCAAGAUUGAUGCCCUGCAAAUGAAUGAGGCGGCGAUCCAGGACCAGUACGUGUACGACCCCUACGACUCGGACGACGACCAAGAGGCGUCGCUAUUGGGUUGGGGCUCCUUCGGUUCGACGCACAAGAUGAGAAACGAGGAGGAUGGCUGCGUAUACGCCGUCAAGCUCAUCAACAUCAAAAGGGCGGGCACCGGCGUCGAAAAGCUGCGGGAAGAAGCCGCGCGCCUCUCGAUGCUGAAUCAUCCGAACAUCGUCCGCUACUUCACGGCCUUUCGCUUCAAGAAGAACAAGUUUUUCGCCAUCGUCAUGGAACUGUUGAAGGGUGGCUCGCUGCUAGAGCGCCUCCAACGGGUGUCCGGCCCGCUCACUUCCGGCCAGCGGCCGCGCGAGGCGCAGACCGAGCAGUGGGCACGGCAGGUCGCGUCGGCACUUGCGCACAUGCACGCGCGACGGAUGCAGCAUCGCGAUCUGAAACCGGACAACGUUCUCUUCGACGAGCACCAAAACGCGCGAGUCAUCGACGUCGGGCUCGCCGUGGUCGUCGUCGCCAAGAGCAAGGUCUCUUCGAGGGGCGGCGCCAACAAGGUCGGCGCCUUGAUGUACCAGUCGCCGGAGAAGGCGCAAGGCCGCGCAUACGACGGCAAGGACGACGUCUGGGCCCUGGGGUGCAUGCUCGGCGGCGCGGUCACGGGGAAGUUGGUGGAGGCUCGCAGCACGGGCGUUUUCGCGCUCGACCCCGAGGCAGUGAAGGCGUUCGUCAAAGAGACCAACGCCGCGUCGGCCAGGUUCGGCUGCCUUGUCACCACGAUGCUUGCGAAGAAUCCGAUGGUGCGGCCCGCGGCGCAGGGCGUCGAGUGGGCACUCGCAACCGGCGCGUCGGUAUUCGCGGGUGGCGCCGCGAUCGUCGAGGAGGAGGAGGAGGAGGACGAGGAGGACGAGGCCGAGGCCGAGCAGCGGCGCCGCGCAGCCGAAGCCGAGGCCGCCAGGGAAAGGCGGCAACGCCUCGCCGCCGAAGCAGAGGCGAAGGCCGCUGAGGAGAGGCGGCAGCGUCUCGCUGCCGAAGCACAGGCCGCCGAGGCAGAGCGGAAGCUUCGCGCCGCUGAAGCGGCCGCCGAGGAGAAAAAGCGGCGCGAAGCCGCCAAGGCCGCCGAGGAGAAAAGGCAGCGCGAAGCCGCCGCGGCCGCCGCGGCGGAGCGGGCCCGCGCCGAGCUCCGCGCCGUGCGAGACGAUGCGGCGCGCCGCGAGCGGGCCCGCGCAGCAGCCAAGGCCGCCGAGGCGGAGCGAAGACGCCGCGCCGAAGCCAAGGUCGCCGAGGAGAGGCGGCAGCGUCUCGCCGCCGAAGCACAGGCCGCGGAGGCAGAGUGGAAGCUUCGCGCGGCUGAACGUCGCGCCGCGGCCGCCGAGGCGGCUGCCGAUGAGGAAGAAAGAGCCCGUAAUUCUGCGCGACUCCGACGCGAAGCCGAGGCGCUCUGGGCUGAGGAGGAUAGGCAGCGCCGCCAACGCGAAGCCGCGGAAGCGGCGGAAAAUCAGAGAAAAGCGGAAAUCAGAGAAAAUCAGAGAAAAGCGAUCACGAGGGGGGUCGCUGCCCUCGUGACGGGGGGUUUGUCGGAAUUGUACUAUCAAAAUAAAUAAAUAAAUAAAUAAAUUAGGGAAGACCUAAAAAAGGAACAAGCUCCUAAGAACCUUGUCCUGCUCGGUCAGCAUGCCCAACCGAAUUUCAUAGUUGGGUUAGACCUGCAAAGCACCGUACCGUUUAGGACGGGAGCAAAUCGGCCGCCCAUGGUCCAAUAG